AUGUCUGCCCUCACUGCCCAGAACAUCUUCCGCACCGGCGCCGCUCUCACCGCCACCGGUAUCUCGUUCGGCGCGUUCGGCGCGCACGCCCUCCGCACGCGCUUCGACCUUCCCGAGUCGUCGCACCAGUCAUGGAUGACCGGCUCUUCGUACCUCAUCUACAAUGGCGUCGCUCUGCUCGCACUCAGCGCCCACCCGUCUGUCGCUCUCGGCCUGCGGAGGUACAAGAUGGCGGCGGGAUUGAUCGUCGGCGGUGCCCUCGUGUUCUCAGGAAGCAUCUUUGGCCUCGUUCUCGCACGCGACAAGGUUGGCAAGGUCCUCGGGCCAGUGACCCCCUUGGGCGGCCUUGCCAUGAUUAUUGGCUACAUCGCGCUUGCCCUUCCUUAA